AUGGAUAUUGAAAAUGAAAAAACAGGAGCAAUAAGGACUGUUAAUGUUCAGAUUCAUUAUGAUUACCUUCCUAAGUAUUGCAAGGAAUGUAAAUUACAGGGACAUGAUGAAUAUGAUUGUAGAAUUAUAAAUCCAGAGCGUGUUCAGUAUGACAAUGAAAGGGAGGAAAUGCCAAAGGAGAAUGGCAAGACAAAACCUCAUAAAAGCUCUGAUGAAGUGCACAAUAGUAAGGAAAGCAAUAAAGAUCUCCAAGAGGAUAAAGAAAUUGAAGCAAAAAAGGCCAAGAGAUUACAAGCAGAGGAACAACAUAAUAAAAAGCAGACUAAUGACAAAGGCAAACAAAAGCAAGAGGAUGGAAACCAACAAGGAUAUGAAGGGAAAAAGAAUUAUGGAAAAUACAAUUAUAGAGGAUACAAUAAUUUGUACAAUUAUUCUGCUAGAGUGUUGGCAGGUGGAAGAGUGUUAGGAAAUUCGGGAAAUUGGAAUCCCAUCAAAGACAACAGAAACUUCAAUGCUGAGAAGGGAAGUGCAAAUCAUAGCAACCAGAAAGAGACAACAGUCACUGCUACAUGCAACAAAUUUAACACUUUGGUGGACUUGGAGGAGGAACAAGAAAAACAAAAUGAAACACAAGAAGGAAGCACACAUAGUAGUAAUCCUGUUAAAGAGACAGCUAGGCCAUGGGUGGAUGCUGCCUUUGGGAAACAAACAGAAAAUAACAAAGUUAUGAAAGAGCAGGGAAAGAUAGAUAGCAGACAAGAGCAAGAUAAUAAGAAGGAAAAAGGGGUAGGGGAUAAUCAGUCAGAGGAGAUAGCCAUACAAGAUUCAGAAAGAACAAUUACAGAUAUCGUGGAAAAUGAUAACAAAAAAGAAGAUGAUAACAAACAGAUUACUGAAGGCCAAGACGUACUUCAACCCAUAGAAGUACCUGACAGUGUUAAUUCAAGCUCAUAUCAGCAAGUGGAAUCGGCUAGACAACAAGUGGAUCAAAUGAAGGACUUACCGGAAGAGCCUCCUGAUACAAACAAUAUGGGUGAAGGAGAUACAACAUCAUCUGCAAAUAAGGAACAAAAUAAUGAAAGGGAAACACAAGCAAGGGAUCAGAGAGAUCAAAACAACAAAGAUACAGCCAUAGAAAUGCUGGCAAUUUCAGGAAAUCAUAAGUAUCAACUGGUAGCCAAAGAUAAUGAAAACACAACACAAGAAGAAGUGAAUCAGAAUAACAUAGAUAUUGGAGAGGAGGAAACAGGUGAAACUAUUAGUUCUGAUUUAAUGGAGGGCAACAAUAAAGGAGAUAUUUCCCCUAAACACUUGACAAAAACUAAAAAGGGUCACAAGACAAGAGAUAAAAGUGUUCCUCCCAAGACAGUGAGAGAAGUACAAACAAGGAUGGCAUGUUCUAAAGGAGUUUCUCAAUGA